UUAUCAAUCUUUGUGAUAUUUUUUUUAGAUUUGAAAAAUCGCGCUUGUUUGUAUUGGUAAAUGUUAUAGCGCAGUUAAGAUCACGCUUCGUAACUUCUGCAUUUUUUUCUGAUCAAAGUAAGCAUGAGAAAUUACAAUAGCUAUAAAAAGUGUUUCAAGAAAUUUUCAAUAUCAAAAUAAAAUGAUCACGUGGACAGUCAUUUUCAAGAACGUUUACAACAAAAACAAAACAACAAAAAGAUUGAAAGAAAAAGUUGUUUAAAACGAUCGGUGUUGAGAACAGUUAAGAGUUAAUAGCGAAAUAAAAGUAUAAAUAAAACAAAGUAAAGAAAAGAUUAAUAAUUAAUAUAUCUGAAAUGGUACCAGAAAACAAAUCUCUUUCCGAAACUACAAACUCUACAAAUUUUGAUGAAAAUCUUGACGAAUCACUUAUACAGCAGAACAACUUAACAAAACCGGAACCUAAAAUAUUCUUACGUCUUUUUAAGAAACGUAAAGUUGUUUCAGAAGAUCAGAAUGAAGUUUCUAUGGCAUUAGUUAACUAUAAAAAUAAGUUAAAACAUCUGGAAGAACAUUAUGAUAUUCAUGUGAACGACAUAAUGCCUGAUUUACUUCAUCGCGGCGACAUCGUAUCGCCACAACGAAUGCUUGGUUAUGUUGAUGCUAUGAUGGCUACUUGUGCAACAUUUUUAGUAAUUCCAUUGAGAAAAAUAAAAGAUAUAAGCCCUAAUCACUUUUUAGGCGACCAUUUAUACGAAAAUCGAACGGAGUUUAUUAUGUUUUUACUUGGUUACUUAGUUGUAUUAACGAUAUGGGAAUCUAUCAAUAUAAGAUCGUUGCUCAUAAAAAGAGUUGACGACAUUCUGCUUUUUAUGACUAUGUUCACAAUGUUUCUAACCUCGCUGUUACCGUUUUCUUUGUCACUAGAAGGGCAUUAUCCUGGAGAAACAAUUUCUGUUUGGAUUACAUGCUCGUUACUGGCGCUAAUUGAGCUUACUGAUUUGUGUGUAUUAUUUUAUUCUAUGGAACAUCCCAGUGUUUUACACGUUGAAUUGCAUACUUGGACAAAAGCUGAACGACGCAGAUUUCGAAAUAUGCUAUGUUUACAAAACAUUUUUAAUAUUGUAUUUUUUAUUAUGGGCAGUUUAUUUAUUUUACUCAACCACGUAUUAGCUUGGGUAUUCAUUGCCAUGAUAAUUCUAAUGCCACCAUUUAAAAAACUGUUUUUUUAUGUCAGACGUCAUACAAUAUCACAAACAAAAAUAGAAAAAUCUCCGUUCUUUUUUCAUUUCACAAAAGGAAAUAUUUCAAUAGAACGCGUCACUGCCAUGAGUGACGCUGCCUUUGCAAUAAUUGCUUGCAUUUUAAUUCUUGACAUUACAAUUGAUGAAUUUCCUACUUAUCAAAACGUUUUAAAUCACGGUUUGACGUAUGAAUUAAUGCAUAUGAAAAAAGAUUUUUUUAUUUACUUUGGAAUAUUUGCAAUUAUUUCAAUUUUAUGGUAUUCAAACCAUGGUGUCUUGCAUUUGUUUAAGUCGACAAAUGUCAUAAUAGUUUAUCUGCAAAAGAUUUCACUUGCUUUAGCAUGUUUAACACCACUUGCUGGAAACAUGGUCGUUGUUUACGCCACUAAUCAAAAUCGUGAUGCCAAAAAAAGCAUUCUUGUUACCUCUUUGGUAAUUUUUUUUUCAAGUACUUUUAAUCUUAUAAUUUUAAUAUACGGCUUGUACACUAAAGAAAAAUAUUUACAUUGUUGGGCGGUUGGUAAUAUGAAAAAAAACAAAUACCAACAAAUAUAUACUGUCUUAAAAGCAUCUAAUUUUCCAUUCUGGUCCUUUUUGUGCACUUUAGGAUCACGUAUGCCAGUGUCUGUAAUUUUUUACAUUAUGUGCGGUUGCUUUUGUUGUUCUAUCGCAACUUUUAUUGGUUUAAAGCUGAUUUUUGAUAGACUCAUUGGUAAAAAAAAAUUUCUUUUGCGAAAAAUUACUGACCCAAAGAUCCCUAAAAAUUCAGAAGAUAUUCCAACAAAUAGCGAAAAUGCUAAAAAUGAAGAUUAGUUAAAGCACUGAAAUAAAAUGAUAACCUAAAUUGAAUGAAGUGAACGAAAUUGAUAACCCAAUUUGAAUUCAUUUUUCAAAUUAGGAAAUAAAAUUCCUAACUUGAGUAUAUUUGAUAUAUUUUAAACAAUAUAUCUUGAACUUUAACGAUAUAAUUUUUUAUAUUAUUUAAACAAAAAAAGUUUUUCUAUUGUUUUUUUAUCUGUUCUUUUUAUUUAUUAAAAAAGAAUUUUAUUAUGACCUAAAA